AUUUACGGUAAUGUAAUGAUAAAUAAUUGUUGAGCAGUGGUCAUGAUCAGGCAAUCAGACUUGACUGUACAAGUUUGUCGUCGUUGUUGUCUUGGCAACGAAUAAGGGAACGUUUUGACUGGAGUAUGCAUUUGAAGAAUGCCCCCUAAGAAGAAAGGAGAUUCUGCCCGUAAACAGGAUGGAGCCGGAACUGGAGUAGUGGGCACAGAAAACACAGGGUCUGACAGAGAGAAUCUGCUACAGAGAGAGUACGACAAGCUAACGGACACCUUAAACAACCUCAAGAGGAAUGUGGAAAAGUUACGGCGUGAGAACGAGUUCUUACAGAAUGAGGCCAAUCAGACUCGCAUGGAGAGUCAAGAGUACAUGUCGUACAUGUCCAAGUGGACACAAAAGCGUCAGAGUGCCAUCAUCACCCUUAGUGACCAGAACCACCAGGAGCUGGAGGCCCUGAAGAAGCAGAGGGAGGAAAGUUUGGGAAAAUAUCAGAAACAGGCCAAUGAGCUGAAGAAGGAGAUUCUGGAGAAGGAAAAUGAACUGGCGCUGUUAAAUAUUGAGAUCGCUGAGCUAAGAGAAUUCAAGAGUCUUCAGCAACAGCAACUGGGACGUAUAGCAGAACUGGAGAAGGAGGUGAUCAGUAUGCACUGUCGUCACUCUGAAUCCCUACAGGCCCUGAAGGCUGGCUUCCUCAGUGAGAAGGAAAGGUAUGAGGCUCAGGCCAAUGACACAGUACAGGCCCUGACCCUCGCAGCUAACAGGGAGGCAUCUCGCUGCCUGUUGGCACACACCAGAGAGGUGUCCUCAGAGAACCAGCAUCUGAGAGAAGAGCUGCAGCAGCUGAUCCAGAGAGCCCACUCACUGAGGGAUCACCAGGACCAGUUACAAGUCCAGAGGCAGAAGCUCCUGCUGGAGAGGGACUACGUCAGGGAGCUGAGGUGCCUAAGAGCCACCCCUGGACCCCCUGAACCAGGGUCCUGCACUCGACCACUUGGGGAUGAUGAGGGAAGAGAGGACACAAGACCCCACAAAACAGCAGAUACCUAAAAGAUAGAGAAAAGCAAACGCUACUUCCACACUUUUUUUCCACACUACCAACUGGCACUACCCACAAAACCAGUACAAAAGUAUAAAUGGAAAAUAAAAAACAAGGAAUUUUAUGGA